AUGUCGCCAACGCAAUUCAUCAUCGACCUCAGCCAUCCACUCACAACAACCGGUGGAAGCUACUGCUCCGACCACCCACACUACGACUGUGAACGCAUUUGCUCUAUCGCGGCAAGUGGCUCAAACGUAUCCCUGCUCAAUUUCGGUUCCCAUACAGGAACCCAUAUCGAUGCCCCCGUUCAUUUUAUCGAGGGUGGUGCAAGCAUAUCUGAUCUCGACCUCUCUAUUCUUGUCGGACCAGCUGUGGUGAUCGAUGUGCGUGGGAAGAAACCGAGGGCUAUCAUAUAUUGGGAGGAUAUAGCCCCAUAUGAGAAGAAGUUGACGUCGGGGACAAUGGUACUAUUCUGCACAGGAUGGUCUAAGUACUGGGGCCAGGAGGAAUACCCAGCGAGUCCACGAAUCGACGUGGAUGCAGCAAGAAAGAUUGCAGAUCGUGGAAUCAAGGUCAUUGGAAUCGACGCGCUGAGUCCGGAUGGGAUAGCGCAGCACGGCGAGGAAGCCAAACAUGAGGUGCAUCUAGAGUUUUUGGGAAGGGGAGGGGUCAUUGCAGAGAAUCUGAACAACCUGAACACGCUGCUUGAGGUGAAGGAUCCCAUCGUCAGUCUGCUUCCACUACAAUUGGAAGGCUGUGAUGGAUCACCAAUAAGAGCGGUAGCUUGGGCUCAGGCAGGUGAGUAA